CCUGGGCUGUUCCGGAUGAGACGUCUCCCUCCCUCCGCCCCUCUGAUCCUCUUAUCAGCGAGUAAGCGGCCAAGAUGGAUGUUGUAAACCAGCUGGUGGCCCAAGGGCAGUUCACGAUACUCAAGCAACCUUUGGGAUUCAUAAAAGCUCUACAAUGGAUCUUUGCAAUCUUUGCCUUCUCAACAUGCGGCAGUUACUCUGGCAUGUUCAAGAUGAGCGUGGAGUGUAAAAACCGGUCGGACAGUGACCUAGGCAUCGAAGUAGAAUUUGAAUAUCCGUUCAGGCUUCAUCAGGUUUACUUUGAUGCUCCAACCUGUAAGGGAGGGAACCGUGAACGUCUAUUCCUGGUCGGAGACUACUCCUCUUCAGCUGAGUUCUUUGUCACCAUCGGUGUCUUUUCCUUCCUCUACUCCAUGGCAGCCCUCUCUGUAUACUGUUUCAUCCUGGAGAAGUACCGUGAAAACAACAAGGGAGCCCAGACUGACUUUGUUGUGACGGCGGUAUUUGCCUUCAUGUGGCUGGUGUCUUCAUGUGCUUGGGCUAAAGGCCUGUCAGAUGUGAAAACAGCCACUGAUCCAGAGAGGGUCAUCACUCUCAUCGCAGCCUGUGACGAACCAGAAAAUCGCUGCCGUGAGGUCUAUGAUCCCAAGGUCUCUGGCCUCAACACCUCCGUGGCUUUUGGCUUCAUCAACCUGAUCCUGUGGGUAGGAAACCUGUGGUUUGUCUUCAAGGAGACCGGCUGGAUGGCUGCCUUCGCUGGAACAUACGUCCCAUCGCAGGAGAAGCAGCCCGCCCCUGAUUCCUUCGGCCAGGGAGGCUACGGACAGCAGGACCCCUACGCCGGCUCCCAGGGAGGCUACCAGCCCGAUUACGGCCAGCAGGGAGGCUACAACGAGGAUGGAGGCUACAGCCAGGGCUAUGAGCAGCAGCCCACCUCCUAUUCUAAUCAAAUGUGAGCCCGCCCAGCCAAAGCGGGAUGGGAGAUCUUGUGAUUUCGGAGUGUGGCUCUCGACCACCACCUGCAUUUCCACACUCCUCUGUUUGUCUGUUUGUGUAUCUGUGAGUUGACAGGCGGCGGGAGGGAGGCAUGGAGGGCAGACAUUGGCGGGGCUGGGGAGGGGAUCACCACCGGGGAGGCAGGAUGUGGGGUGAGGGAGGGAACAUGGGUCUUUGCUGUAACAUGAUGUUUAUUCUCGUGAUGUAUUUAACUGUAGAAGACAACAGAGGAUUGUCUGUUUGGUUAUACGAGAAAAACUUGAAUACAAAUACCAAAACAUUCGUUGAUGAACAUUUAAGAGAAAUCUUGUGAUGGAAAAGACUUACAUUUAUGGAGAAAAAAAUAUUGUAGUAAUAUUUAACUUGGGAGAAUGUAUUUGUCUGUGCUGUGUAAAUAUCAACAUGCUGAUAUAUAUGAUUAUAUGUACACAGUUGAAUAAUUGUGCACUCCAUAUUAGUUGUUAUACAACAAAUGUUGAGCACAGAGUUAUUCAAUUGCAUUUACUUUGGUUCUGUUUAGGAGCUCACAUAGUUUAGCCUUUGCCCUUCAGUUCCUUUAAACUAUUCAUACCACAGUCAUGUUUUUAGUUACUCAUCUCAGAAUCUGAACAUCCUUUUUGAAUUUUAUUUUUUCUAUUUGAUCAGCAUUACUAACAGGAUUUAAUUUGUGGGGUGAAGGCUGCUGAGAAUGAGAUGAUAAGUGUUGAAAGGAAAACAGAAGAGUAUUAUCUAUAUAAAAAGUGAGCAGAGAAAGAGUGAUAUAUAGUAACAGUAGUGGUGACAGUGGGUUGUAUGUAGGUUGUUUCAACUUUAUGUUUUUAUAUGUUUUUUCCAUCAAAUAUCACUGUCGAGAGAGGAUGAAUUGUUGUGAUACACUGAUGUAUAAAAAUCAAAAAUGCAUAGAGAUAAGAAAAUUAGUGAGCAUGGUAGCAUCUCAUAUUUGCUGUGCUGUUUCAGAAACCGCUGUAGUGCUAUCAGUGUGUGAAUCGGGGCAGUGAACAACCGUUUUAGCAACGUGUGUUUGUUUAUUCGUUUGGAUUUAUGUGAUGGCAUCAAACUAAUUUUGUCGAUGAACCUCGUCCUGUUUUUGAUCGCCUUCUAUGUGGUCCAGAAAGUUGUAAGACAGAGUUAUAUAGUUUUUUAACUGGUGUUUCUAUCACACUGUAAUCAGUGACAUACAUACUCACAUUAACAUGAACUGUAGGUAAAUGAGAACAAAGUCUAUUAAAUUUUAAAGACCUUGGUCAUGCCAAUGGUAACUACAUAUUAUUGAGGCAGUCUGAACAAUAUGUCUCCAUAUAUACGUUUCCUGCAUCCUCAAACCUUCUUUAUCUCUUCUAUUUCUGACGGCAAGCCGAUUUACUGCAUGCAUUAUACUUCUUAUAUCCCAAAGCAUCCAGAAACAUAAUUAAGAGGCUGAGGCUCAAAAGCUGCAGGAAAGUCUUAGACUAUACAGUAAAUAUCCUGGUAUGUUUGAUCCACCGUAGUGCUUAGUGCAUAGCACAUACUGCACUGCAGCUCUGCUUUAUUCUACUCAAAGCACAAAGUAAGUACUGCAAUAAUUAUUAUUACAUAGAUACAUCUUCCUGACUGCCAAUUCUCUGUUUGGAUAUCCGAGAUCAUGUUUGCCAAAUGGUAAAGAGAUGUGUCUUGAUUGGUAGUUUUGCUUCCACAGUCCUCAUCAGAAUGAGUUGUUGUCCAUCUCCAAGUAUAUCGGUCCAUUGUACAGCUUUUGAUUCAGUCAUUUUUAAAAAAAUCAGGGUUCUUUGAUUCAGGCCGUGUAGAAGCACCUGGCUUUCUUUCCUCCUCUAGUACCCCCUAAACUCUGUUUUUUCUCUCUUUCUUUCUCUUUCACUGUAGCUCUUAUAAAUAUGCUGAAACGAAAUAUACUCUGUUGUUAGUGGUGAAUGAUGUCUUGUGAUACUCUCUACGCCUUUGGAUAGUGCUGUGUUUAUUGUGUAUGAUGUAUUCAUAUUAGUAUUUAUGAUAAUGAUAAGUCAGAGAAAAAAAAAUAUCCAAGACUCUCCAAAAUUCUGGUGUAUUCUUAUUAUAUGGGAUCCAUGUGAAACAAAAUGAAAUAAACUUGAAAUUAUUCUGUUGAAGGUUAAAA